AUGCAGCAGCUGGAGGAGCAGGCGCGCCGGGAUAAGGCGCGCAGGGACGAGCAUAUGCGCCAGGAGCAGGUGCGCAGGGAGGAGCUGGCGCGCCGGGAGCAGGCGCAACGGGAAGAGCUGGCGCGCAGGGAGGAGCAAGCGCGCAGGGAGGAGCAAGCGCGCAGGGAGGAGCUGGCGCGCAGGGAGGAGCAAGCGCGCAGGGAGGAGCUGGCGCGCAGGGAGGAGCUGGCGCGCAGGGAGGAGCUGGCGCGCAGGGAGGAGCUGGCGCGCAGGGAGGAGCUGGCGCGCAGGGAGGAGCUGGCGCGCGAGGCGUUUGCGAGGGAUGCGGUCCAGGCGAAGAGGGAGGCAGCAGCGCGGGAGGCAGCGCAGGCGCAGUUCCACCACCAGGCGCAGCUCCUCCAGCAGUACGAGAGCGCGCGCAGCGAGCAGCAGGGGCGGGCCGCGCAGCUGCAGGCGAGGACAGUGCAGCAGAUGCAGCAGGCGCACGAUGCCGCGUUGCAGGGCAUCAUGCUCCCCACCGCGGGACCGGCACCGGUGCGGCCGUUUCCCGCAGCACCGAGCCCCUCGUCGGCAGCGGCGGUGGCGCUGGGGCUGCAGCGGGAGCAGCUCCAGGCGCAGACACAGGCGAACGCCGCCGUUGCUGGCCUACGCUUUGGGGCGAUGCCGGCCAUUUCGGGGCUGGCCCAAGGACUGGUCACCCCGCAAUCUUUUUUCCCACCGGCGGCGGGAAUCGGCCUCGUCGGGAACACGGGCCUUUGUCUUGAAGAGCAAGCGCCCGCAGAGACGCGCGCAGACCUAGGGAUAGACUAG